AUGGGCUGCAGCGCGUCCCAGCCCGCCGAGGACCAGAGACGCGUGCCCGCGCCCAGGAAGGGAUGGGAAGAGGGAGUCCAGGCUGAUGCCCAAAUAACUCACUCUGAGGAGAACUGCAGGCCCCAGAUCGAUGCCACACCACCCAAGGACACUGUGGACAAGGUAGAAGGCCUGGAACAACAAGCUCAGAUAAGAAGCUUACCCGGAACUAUUCCAGAAAGUUCUCCAUCUCCUAGUGACAGAAAUAGAAAAGUAAAUUCAGACCCGGUGACCAAUGGAUUUAUCAAUAAGCCCCAACCCCUGGAGAAUCGAGAGCGACAAAAGUCAUCAGACAUCCUGGAGGAACUGAUUGUUCAAGGAAUAAUACAAAGCAGCAGCAGAAUAUUUAGAAACGGAGAAUCAUAUGAUGUUAUGAUGAACACAACCGAAAAGCCACUGAGAAAGCCACCAGCCAGACUGAAAAAACUUAAGAUCAAAAAGGAAGUAAGAGAUUUCACAAUGAAGGACAUAGAAGAGAAGAUGCAGGCAGCAGAGGAGCGUCGGAAGAUUAAAGAAGAAGAAAUAAGAAGGCGGCUACGAAGUGACCGCCUUUUGCCCACAGCCAAUCAUUCAAAUUUGGCUGAAAUGGGUGGAGCUGAGGUUCCACUUGAGAAAGGACUUCAAACCAUUAGUGCUGCUACAUUUGAGCCACCUGUCCUGCAGGGAGGAGAGCCACAGAAGAGUAAGAGUAACAAUGACUUAGUCCCGAUGGAUGGAAACUACUACUAUGAAAGUUUGGGGGUUGUAGAGUCAGACAUGUCCUACAACCAAAAGGAUGAUAUAUUUGAAUAA